GCGAAAAGGAAGAUGUCGAGACCGCAACUGCGAAUACUUCCAUGACCAGCUCUUUAAUUGGCCGGCUGUUCCGCUCCGGCGGCAAAAGAGGCAGGCUGCGGGCAAGCCCGUUUCGCCUCGGUCUAUGGGUCGCAGGCACCUUUUGUGCCGCGAAAGUCUUUAACGAGCAUGCUUACGAGCUCCAACUUUCCUCGGGGCCGUCAAUGUACCCGACGAUACACUUCAAAGGCGACUACCUAUUAAUCUCGAAAUAUUACAAGUAUGGAAGGGGAAUUGCGGUCGGCGAUAUCGUUACCUUUAAGCACCCAUCCUAUGUGAUGAUGGCGGCGAAGAGGGUGGUCGGGAUGCCGGGAGACUAUGUGUUGGUUGAUCCGGAGGAUCAUGGAGGCCCUUUGGCGAAGAUGAUCCAGGUUCCUGAAGGUCAUAUCAUGGUCACUGGUGAUAACCUACCUUGGUCAAGAGAUUCGAGAGAUUUCGGUCCACUCCCAAUGGGUCUAAUCUCGGGGAAAGUAAUUGGGAAAAUGUGGUGGCCACUCAACUAUCAGCGUAUGGAGAACUCGCUGAAACCCGUCGAAGACAUCUCAAGGAGCCAGCCAUGAUCGCCGCCCAUUUCUUCGGGGAUAUCGUGGAACCGUAGCAUCAUGAAGUACCAUUUUAAAUACAUGGGACAACUAUCUAUAAAGAAGCCUCUCUGUUUAAAUAGCCCUAUUGUACAAUAUGAAAUCAGACGAAAAAAAACGUCCCAACAAAAGCACGCCGACCCCAAAGCCGCUCAUUACCGAGAUUAUCUAAAAGAAGCCGGGUUUCUACGUUUGUAUGGUAGAGGCUCAAUCCUCUUUCGUCUCAAUUCAACAUCUGCACCCUCAAUUCCAAACUUAUUCAUCACAUCGGCCAUAUCCUCGUCCCACUGGGUUCUAAACAAAUGGGCACCGAUUGGCUUGAGCUGAUGUCUUCCCUGAAUGCUUCGAAGAGAGAAAUUCUCUCGUUGAACUUUCUCGGCGACGGUUUUGUAGUCCAAAGCUUUCUGAUCCUUCUGUUCCAGGAUAAAGAUUGAGAGCCGGUGGUAAGGACUUCCUUUCUGCGCAGUCGGCGGGAACCACGGGAGGAGAACCUGUGACUCUGCGGAUAAGUCGCCUAGGGAAACAAAGGUGUCGGUGGGGUUGAUGGGUACGUUGACAGCAAGGAAAUGGCAGUGACUGUCAAAGCCGUCGGUUUCGAGAUUUGGCACGUCGGGAUCUACGACUGCGAUGGUGACCAGCUUUUCUCCUUUGAUGAACGAUUGUAUUUCAAGUUUGGGCGCCACGGAACUAACACGAGAAUUCACAAAUUCGCCGGGCUGUACGCUCUUUCUGCCGAAUGAUAACUUCACAUCAACGACGGGGUCAAUGUGGGGGAGCACGUCUGGAAUUACUUUCAUUUGUGUAAUUCGUUGGAUGAGAAUCUCCCGUCGG